AUGGCCCAGGCGAAGGAUAUUAUGGUCCACGAACCAUUCACAACCGUUGCCGUCAAGCAAACGAAAGACUGUGGACGUGCUUCGAUCAUCCAAGGAAUGAUCUCGGAGAUCAAGAUGAUGAUUCUGGUCGGCCAGCAUUUGAACAUCGUCAAUUUCUUAGGAACGGUUACUGAAAACAUUGAAAGUAAUGAACUGAUGAUCAUCUUGGAGUAUUGCCGAUAUGGCAACGUGCUUAGCUUCAUGCAGUCUAAAAGAUCGACAUUCGUGAAUUGUAUCGAUGAUCUACCUAUCACUUGGAUUAGUUCUAUUAUGAAUCCUGAACCAGGCGAGAGCGACCCAGACGACGAAUCCCAGAUGAGCUUGCGAACCACGGAUCUCGUCUGCUGGGCCACACAGAUCGCGUUUGGGAUGGAGUACUUGUCGUCCAAGAACAUAUUCCAUGGAGAUCUAGCCGCUCGCAAUGUCCUGCUCUGCGAGAAAGGUGUGGUGAAGAUCGCCGACUUUGGUCUGGCCCGAGAGUUCAACUGCGUUACGCACUAUAAGAAAGCUCGCAACGACCGUGUGCCCUUCAAGUGGAUGGCUCUGGAGAGCAUCUUUGAGCAUAAGUUCAGUAUCAAAACGGAUGUUUGGUCUUACGGCGUGUUGUUGUGGGAGUUGUUCACUCUCGGAAUGCCACCGUAUCCCACUCUGGCAGUGAACGACGAGUUCUUCCAAAAACUACGGGACGGAUAUCGAUUGGAUAAACCGAUGUACGCCAAUGAGGAUAUUUAUGCCACUAUGCUGUCAUACAUCACCAAACCUUCCGGCGUUCAGCUGUCAUCACCGCCUCCACCGGCACUGGAGCCCCGGAUGCACAUGAUCCUAAAAGCGUUCCACUGA